AUGACAGGCAAGAUGGGCUCCGAGACUCUCCUUAUCAUCACCCCAUUCGUACCAGCGCAGGCAUGGAUUAGUGACCUCCGAAAGAAGGUGCCUGGUAUCAAAAUUCAUGUUCAUCCAACAAAAAUGUACGCCGAGGAAAUCCCUAAGGCUGUACCCGCGGAGCUUUGGGAAAAAGCCACCGCGCUGUAUACGUGGAAAGCCUUCCCUCCCUUGGAGCUGGCUCCGAACCUGCAGUAUGUCCAGUUGCAUAGCGCAGGUGCCAACCAGAUUCUUGGUCUUCCGUUGUUCGAGAAGACGGACAUUGUCUUCAGCACUUCCAAUGGAGUCCAUCCCCCGCAGAUCUCCGAGUGGGUGUUUGCAAGCUUUCUUGGAUUCCAACACCAUUUUCAUGAGCACCUUCAGAACCAGAAAGAGCGAAACUGGGUUGAUCCCGACUCAGAUGAAGACGUCGAAGACGCAGUUGGCUUAAGAGUUGGAAUCCUUGGAUACGGUGCAGUCGGCCGGCAGGUUGCACGCGUCGCCAAAGCUUUUGGGAUGGAUGUCCACGCCUACACUCUCCAUGAGCGUCCCACACCCGAGUCGCGAAGAGAUGACGGCUUCACUGAGCCGGGCCUCGGUGACCCAGCUGGUGAAUUUCCCUCGAAGUGGUUCUACGGCAAAGAGCAGCUCGACGACUUCCUCGGCUCCGACCUUGACCUACUUGUCAUCACACUGCCAGCCACACCUGCCACCGCCAACAUGAUUGGGCACGAUCAGUUUUUCAUUCUUAGCAAGAAAAAGACAUUUAUCAGCAACGUCGGCCGUGGCUCUGUAAUUGAUACUGAGGCCCUAAUUGCCGCUCUCGACUCUAACCAAAUCCGCGGCGCUGCGCUCGAUGUGACAGAGCCAGAGCCGUUGCCCGCUGAUUCCAAGCUUUGGGGCUACAAGAAUGUGUUUAUCACACCUCAUUGUGCUGGGAAUUCGAACCACUUCAACGAAAGAACCUUCAAAAUUCUUACAUAUAAUCUGGAGAGACGAUCCAAGGGGCAACCUGUGGUCAACCAGGUCGACAGAUCUCUUGGCUACUAG